CAUCGUCCACUUUUAACGAAGGUCCUUUCAUCGCCCAUGCUCCCGUCCAGCUACUGAAUGCAUUUCCUGUUUUAUAUUUUGCUCGAUCGGACUGCGGAUUUAAAAGUUUCGUCUCUUACUCAGCCGGAAAAUUCGUGGGUGUUUGCAUGGCGUCAACUAUUCUCCUGGUUUCGUUGGACAGAAAAAAUUGUACCUGAAUUUUGUGCUAUAAUUGGAAAAAGUAAAUGUAAUGUUGUCGCAGAAUAGUUACAAACUCUAUUGCGUUAAACUUGGUGCAAUUAGUGGGAUUUGGAACGUGUCCUAGUACGAUUAGAGGACGAUGGAAUCGAUCUACCGACUUUCAGGAAAAUGUAUCGGAGCAUCCUUCGAUAGAGGUGACUUUACUACUUUUGCUCCCUUGGAGUAGGAGUAGCUUCUUCAGUUUCGAUGGCUGUGUGCUCCAUCAACUUUAAUAUUUAAUACGUGAAGUUAUGACGCAAUAAAAACCGCAUCGACGUGUCUUCAAGCGGCUUGGGGACUCCGAAUUUUGCGUCAACUCGUUCCACCUCGACGAGGAUACUUGAGUGAACGCAAAUGUUUUCAAUUUUAUCUGGAAAAAAUGAUCGCUAGAGUAUUUUUUUGAGUGGUUCGUUAUUCGUGAUUCGAUGUUGAUACAUUCGAACAGAACUGCGUGUGGAAAAGUGACAAAUGGUUUAAUCACAAGUUGACGUGGACCGCUUUGACAAUUGCUACUUUUACUUCACUUGAUACCACACAGGACCAGAGUGAUACAACUGACAAUGCACUCGAUGCAUCCUCACCCAAACAGAUCGGGCUCGAUUCCUAGCCCGACUCCGGAAUACUCGGUCGUCCACUCAUCAUCGCAUUUUUCCGCUCUGCACCUUCUACGAAAUUACCGACUGUUCGGCACUAGCGCUGGUCCAGCGGUUGCAGCGGCCGCUGCGGCAGCCGCAGCGGCUGCAGCUGCAGAUUUUGUAACAAAUUCACGAUAUGAUUUGCUAUACCCUCAUAACCAAACCGGUAUUGGAGCACUUCCUUGUUCCUAUCGAGAGUUUGGUGUUGUUGGUGAGGAGUGCAAGCACGAAUCCGGCCCAGUAUCAUCGUCGUCCAAGCAUUUUUUGCAAAUAGAAGAUUCAGCUUCAUCGUCGCCGUCUCCAGUACAACAAAGCCAUGCAACAUCUUCUACCAGACCUAUUAAUUCGCUCACGAUCACACCGAACUCGCAACUUCAAAGAUCUCUUAUUUCGGGUACGUCCCCCAACACGCUGGUACCAACUGCUCACCCUCCUGCCCUCGUUACCGUGCCUCCACAAUUUUCCGAUUCUUCAAGUUUCCAAGAGACCGGAAUCGAUGGGUCGAGACGAUUCUUCAUUGGGGACGUGAGUUCUCUUUCUACCUGUCGUUCGAGAAGAGCGAGAAGUGAAAAACGGCCUAUUCCUGACGAGCAGAAAGAUGACAAAUAUUACGAAAGAAGAAAACGUAACAAUCAGGCAGCUAAAAAAUCCCGUGAUGCAAGAAAAAUUCGAGAGGAUCAUAUUGCUUUAAGAGCUACGAUGCUAGAACACGAGAACGCAAUAUUGAAAACACAAAUAUUGACACUCCGCGAAGAAGCUCAAUCUCUACGAAGGAUGCUGAUAGAGCAACAAAUGCCCAAAUUACAAGGGAGAUACGUGAUUGAUUGCCCAAGACAGGAUUUUGUUCCUACAGCGCGACCCCUCUCGUCAGGUUCGAGUGUAACUGUGACUUCGACAGCACCGGACUCAUCUUCGAAUGGAGGAAUUUUAUUUUCGCAUCCAACAAGAGCUGCGACGACUUUAGUGGUGUGAAAUAUUUGACCACUUUUUCCUUAUUCCGUGGUGCCUUUUUUCUCUAUGAAGCUCCUUCUAGAACACUAUUUACAUCUCAAUACUGCAUGGAAAUAUCAUUUGCGAAUUCCAAUCACGCCUUGAAUUUACUACUGUACA